AUGAACUGGCCACUGCUUUCAAAGGCCCAGGAUUCUCGCUCUUCGCAAGAUAGCAGAGAUCCCCGCUGGGAGACGGAUCUCUAUGGCAGAUUUGCAGCUGGUAUAUUUUCAGUAAUUUCUAUCUCCUUGUUCGCCGCGGCCGUGCCGCGUUGGGACUCGGGCUUGGUGGAAGCGACGGGCUCGACAUUGGGUAAAUGGCAGGAUAUUAUGCCGAUUGUGAUGCUUGGCUUUUCAUUUUUGUUUAAUGUGACCAACAUAGUGUACACCACAUACCUCUUCGAAUCUCUCCACCGGAUUGCGAGACUGGUCGGGGAUGCCCUCAUUUGCGCCUCCUUCGUGCCCGCAAUUUUUUUCGCAAUAUGGCACGCCAACUUUCGGGUUUGGAGACCCGCUGUAACAGAUGGGUUGGCGGUCAUCAUCUGCACCGAAGAAAACAAGUUUGCACGAGAAUGCUUUCCUAAUUUGUAUGAAAUUGGAUCUCUGGAGCUCGGUGCUGUGGUGUUUUCCGGUGUUGUAUGGUUGGUGCACUUGAUGCUGUUUCUUUACACCAUAUAUGCGAUCUAUGCUCCUGAGCCGAAACAAAAGUGUCGUCCACGUUUCCACGAUCAUUAUUAUGGCCACAACAGGCAUCACAAGCAACGGCAUGGUGGUCACCGUCGCCAUAGACACCGUCGACGCCGGCAAGAAAAGAAAGAGCGAAUUUUUGUUCGACUGGAUGACUGUGAGUAUGGUGUCAAGGGGGAUUUCUACACGCCAUAUCAUCAAAUAGUUGAGGAAGUGCGAUAUCCAGGGUCAGCGAUGGGCUAA